AGCUUGCAAAUAAUUGGAAGAGUUUCUGAGUUUAUUAUCCACGUAAUGAUUUGUAUCUGACACCUUCAACAUAUCUAUACUUUUUUUCUUUCUUUUGAUUUCCCUCGUAUCCCUACAAAUGGGUGAGAUAUAAUCAAAGCCACGAGUCUUAAUGGCAUAUGAACGGCUUCAUAUAUUUGAGCCACAUAGCUAUAGCCACUAUCUGAGACAUCUAAACUAACAUGUAAGGGGUAAUAUCAUGGUAACGUGUUAAUGAUCACUCUGUCCAUUCCACUUGAUACUUUUCUCAAUCUCAUUUUCCUUCAAAGUCUGGCGAUUGAUGAAAAUGGUCUUGCCACAGCAAACAACCCAAUUAUUCACGUUAGGUUUAAUCUUCAUUGCUACAAUUGGUCUUGGUUGCUAUCUUUUCUCAGAUCACGAUUAUCAUGAGACAAUUCGAGUCGCAGUCUCAGGGAAGAAAGGUAUCUUCAUUCAGAAAGCUCUUCGCACAGAUAUCGAUGGACCUUUAGAUGAUUCAUCUCUGAUUGAACUUUGUGAAAACAUAGAAUGGAGGGAAGGAUUAAUAUUUCAAUGUGAAGCACCAUAUGGAGGAGUUGCAAAUAUUCGGAAUAUAUUGCUUAAUUGUUUUCGAUAUGCCAUUGAAGCUGGAGGUACUUAUAUUGACUCAUACCCUGUUGUUCACCAGCUAACUUUUCAGCAACAUCAAUUGUCAUUCCAGAACUUAAACUUUGGAUACCUCAGAAUGAUAGUCCAAAUACACCAGAUCCAGAGCCGAAUACUGAAUUAGAAACCAGAAGAGAAAAAGACAAUAGCGCACAUGUUCCAUUCUCACAUCUCUUCGACCUUGAUUUCUUUAAAGAAUCUUUAAAUGAAGCUUGUCCUCGCAUCAAAUUCAUUCCACACGCCAACGAUUUAUAUACAGUUCCUAGCACACAAAAUCCACACCCACUUGAUCCGGGUUCAUUAUCCUCAGGAAAGCUAGAAGAACCAUUUGAAUCUCUUCUCGCAAAGCCCGCCACAUGGGCCAAAGAUUUUACAAACUGGCUUAAUAAGACAAAUACCAAGUUCUCAGAAAAACAACCUAUGCGAGUGAAUAUCAAAGAAUCAUUAUUACAUUGGCCAUUAAAUCAUGAUGAUUCCGACUUUGUGGCCCAAUUCGGUCGAAUAAUCCGUCCUAAUCUCGAAAUUCGCACUCUCGCCUCAACAGUCCUAUAUACCUUAUCCCGAAAAUACAAUCUCCGAUACAACGCCAGCGAAGGAAUCCAAGAAAACAUGUACUAUGGCGCACAUCUCCGCACCGGCCUCGACGCCAAAGCAGCAAACUGGACAAGUUUCGAAAAGCAAACCCAAAAUUACCUUCAAGCAUGUAAACACAACAAACUCCGCGUAAUCUACCUAGUCUGCACCUCGGAAAACGACAUCAAUCAUUUCACCUCCCUCGCUCACAAAUACACCACAAACGAUAUCCACGUCGCCACAGCACCUACCCUCCUGUCCCUCCACCCCAAUGACCUAACCACCUACCUCACUCUCUCCUCCCCUCAACGCGCACUACUAAACUCCGAAGUCCUCCUCAAAUCCUCCAUCUUCGGCGGUACAUACGAAUCAUCUUAUUCGUGGAAUAUAGCACUUCGUCGACACAUUGUUUGGGGGAAUGGAACGUGGGUUCCGCAAGGGAGGGAUUUUACCUUUGAUAGGGCGGAUGUGAUUAGAGAUCGGAAUGGGAAGGAUGCGGGGAUGAAGUGGGGUCCUGUGGGUGGGUAUGGUGGGGGUGGGUUUCAGAGUUUUAGGGAUGGUGCGAGGGGGUUGAGGGGAGGGGUGGAUAGGUGGGAGCGGGAGUUAUGGGUUGAGUGUGGUUUUUGGGGACCCGGCCAAGGGGCAGGAGUGGGAGAGGGGGUUGUGGCCUUAGGUUGUGUGGCGUUUGGUGAGGGGAGGGGAGGGAGAGUUGUGGGGUUUUGGUUCUAUGCGUAUUUCCGUUUGUGUUGUACUGAGUUUCGAUUUGUUUUUUGAUAAUUAGCUUGAGUUGAGUUUUUAUAUUAUACUUUCUUUUGGUGAUACAUAUAUCAAGAUCAGAGAAAAUCAAGAAAACCAUCACAACCCAUCCAUAUAGAUAAUCUAGGAAAAAAAAAACAUAUAAUAUAAUUAUACAAAUCAGCGAUAAAAAUUCUUUAGUAUAACAUAAUAUGAUAUAAGAUAAGAUCCUACGACGAAGAGAGAAACAAAAUAAAAA